AUUUUCGAAUUUAUUUUAAUGAUAUAAUUUAAAAUUACUAAAUAAUGGCCGAAGAGAACCCAUCUUCGUUAUUAAGAAAUUUGAAAACAUUUCUGAAAUAUCUGAAUAUUCUUUUAAGCAUUAGCUUGGCUGGAGUUGGCACUAUCCUAACCAUAUUUUCUUCGACAUUAUUCGAUAAAUAUUUAGAAAAUGAAUUGCAAUUAAAAGCAAACAAUUCAGUUACCAGGGCUUGGAUUAAACCAGAUGUUAAUAUAUCUUUGGAUGUUUACCUGUUCAAUUGGACGAAUUCUCACGAGUUUCUCGAUUCAAGAAUAAAACCACAAUUUCAACAAGUCGGCCCCUACGGGUAUGACGAAGUGCCAUAUAAAAGUAUACUAAAAUGGCAUUCCGAUGACAAUACUCUCGAAUACCAUAAGUUGCAUACGUUUUACUUCAAUGAAACUCGAACAAGAGGAUCGCUACAGGACAGGAUUACAUCGAUUAAUGCUUUAUUGGUGACAGUCGCAUCCAAAACUAAAUAUUGGCCAAGAUGGGUUGUAAGUCUCUCUAUGGGAAAGUAUCAAAGUCCGGUAGAUUGGAAAAAGACAGUCGAUGAAUUUUUAUUUAAAGGCUUUCAUAACAACAUAGUUACCCUGCUGAGAAAGCUUCCUUCUGGUUUAUUGGGUAUAUCUGUACCUAUGGACAAAAUUGGGUACUUAUAUGGGCGUAAUGGCACUUCGGUAUUAUCUCCCACAUACCGAAUCAGUACUGGUGCAGAUGGCGUCAAUAGCUAUGGACAAUUGAAAUUUGUGAAUGGUAAAAACCAUACUAAACAUGUACCGUCCGGGUGUUCUCAGGUGCGGGGAUCUUCCGGUGAACUGCAACGCGUCAAUUUAGAAAAGUAUAAACCCAUUGAAUAUUACGUAGCGGAUUUUUGUCGGAGAUUUUGGUUGGAAUAUGACAAUGAAGUGAUCGUGGAUGGAGUGCUCGGUUAUCGCUAUAAAAUGGGAAAUAUGAUAUUAGACAACGGUACGAUUUAUAGCGAAAAUAAAUGCUUUUGCAAUGGUAAAUGCUUGCCGGCCGGUGUCGUUAACGUAACCUCAUGUUCAUGGGAUAUGCCAUUCUUUAUUUCGUUACCGCACUUUCUUGACGCGGACGAUUAUUUUGUAAAUCAAGUGGAAGGCUUGCAAGCAAAGCGCGAAUUGCAUGAACCAUUUAUCAUACUUGAACCACGAACGGGUCUCAUUAUGGAGUUCAGAGGUCGAUUUCAGUUGAACAUCUACCUGGAGCCCAGCUCUCAUUUAAAGUUUUUUGUGACUAUGACUAAAAGAAGAGGGCUGCUACUGCAAAACGCUCUCGUCGUUGUUUUGGGCUGGAUUUGCACGUUAGCUGGAAUAUAUUUGUAUUUCAAUUGGGUCGAUGUAUUCACACAAUGGCGGGGCAUGCAAGGGUAUCUCAGACCAGGCACACAGUUAUUUAGCAUUUGGAAACAAUUACCGGUCCCCGUGACCUUGGAUGUCUACUUGUUCAAUUGGACAAAUCCUCAAGAGUUUUAUCGAGGCUCGAACAAAAAACCUCAUUUUGUAGAAUUAGGUCCGUAUCGGUUCAUCGAAAUACCUGACAAGGUCGACAUCGUGUGGCAUACAAGCAAUCAUUCCGUGUCGUAUCAUAAGAAAUCGGUAUUUCAUUUUGACCCUGGGAACAGCAAAGGAAGUCUAAGCGAUAAAAUUACUAGCGUAAAUACUGUGGCUUUGACGACCGCGCUCAAAUUUAAAGAUGAUAGUAAUUUUCAAAAAAUGCUCGUAGCACGCACCCUUAAAAUGUAUAACGCAGGCGUAUCAAUUACAAAAACAGCCGAUGAAUGGUUAUUUACCGGUUACACCGAUCCUUUGCUAACUAUUGGAAACUUACUAUCUAAAUUUAAUAAAUACAUAAAAGUUCCCUAUAGUCGAAUCGGAUAUUUAUAUGGGCGUAAUAAUAGCGUCGCUUACGAGGGUUACUUUAAUAUGUUGACUGGUGCCGAUGAUAUAAGGAAAUUGGGACAAAUCCAUAGGUGGAACUAUAAAAAGCGGAAUGGAAUAUUUGAGGGUGAAUGCGGUCAAGUAAAAGGGUCUGCUGGCGAGUUCUACCCACCAAAUUUAACACCUCAGGAUACCUUGUGGUCGUACGUCCCUAAUCUCUGCCAGGCAAUACCUCUCGAUUAUACAGAGAGUGUGCAAUAUCACGAUCUUACUGCUUACAAGUAUAGCGGGGGAGAACACUUAUUGGACAAUGGAACUUUAUUCCCUUCAAAUAAAUGUUUCUGUGUUGGAGGUAAAUGUGAGCGUUCCGGGGUGUUUAAUAUUGGCCCCUGCGCAUACAACACAUCGGUGUAUAUGUCUUUUCCCCAUUUCUAUAAAGCUGAUCCGUAUUAUUUGGAUGCUAUCGAAGGCUUGAAGCCAAAGAGAGAAAAACAUGAAUUCUUUAUGAUCGUAGAACCAACCUCAGGAAUUCCUUUGGAACUAGGUGGAGGAUUUCAAAUAAAUUAUCUUUUUGAACCUAUAAAAUAUCUACCACCUUUCGAUCAAAUCCCGCGUGCAUUUAUACCGACAGUGUGGAUUGAAACGAGAUUACAACUCAACCGAGAAUUGACGGCGCUUAUUAGUUCGGUACCUUUUUUCACAUGGAUAGGUCAGAUAACUUCUGUAGUGUUAUCCAUUUUGGGAGUAAUGUUAUUGUGCUGGUAUCCCGUCAGAUUUUUUAUCCUCAGCUAUAUGUGCCCGAAACAGAAAGUACACUUCUUAUCAAGGCCGUCUGAUAGCACUCACUUAACAAAAACUUCAUUACACAUGGAAUCAUUAAACGAUGAAGAGACGAUAAUCAUUCUACAGCAGAAACCUCCUAGUUCUGAACUCAUCAGUUAGCCAAUGAGUAUUAAUUUUACACGUAUCUGGUAACGUAUUAGAUGGUAGUAUUAGUUCUAGGGCCCUAGGGAAUAUUUUUAGAUUUUAAUUUAAUAUAACUCUUAGAAUAUAAUUAACGAUUUGGGCGGAGAAGGUAGAACUAUUUCACAGUCGGUGUGUGAAUCUCAACUAAAGCUAAACUUUUUAAUCGCAUCAAUUGCAGCAUUUUUAGCAAGUAGGCCGUGAACGAUGGAUGGAUCUAGCUUAAUUACGCUAUAAUGUUAUCUUAAAAAUUUCACUUAAUUGAAUUUUAAACUGUAAGAUUUAUAUAUCUAUAUGUGUAUAUUCUACAUAAAACUCUUCUUCAAUUCGAAAAUUCAGAUUUGGAAAGAGAAAGCUUAUGGUCACCUUAAAAUUAUCAGGAGACUAUCUAUCCUUUUUCACU